AUGGGUUUCAUCAAGCGCGUCUUCCAGCUCGCCACUUACGGACCCGCCGCCUCGGUGGGUGCGUUCUUCUGGACCACACGGAAGAGCACCUUCGUUCCCAUGACUCCGUCGGAUCCGAUCUUCAAAUCCUCGUUCCUCCGCGCCCAGAACCCCCAGCAGAAUCCCACUAGCUAUGACCUCUGCAUUCGCCGCGUGCCUCUGUCGGAGAUCAACCCGAGCCUACUGGAGAAAAAGGGCAGACUCACCGAGGCGUUUUGCGCUGGGAUCUGGAGCGGCUGGGGAUACGCCUUGCAACGGGCCCACCACGAGCGGAACGCACCACGCGAAGAGACAACCAAUCACCUCUGGACGAGGGAGGAACUGCGGUCGUCGAGCUACGAAGUCGGCACGCUGAUCACCGACCACUUUGAGGUCCUCGAAAAGACGCCGGAGCGGAUUGUGGUGCGGUGCGGCGAUACGCCGCGCAACCAGGGCGUGCGGGCAUCGGACGGUCUGUUCGAGAUGUCGGUGGUGGUGAAUCCGGACGAGGGGGUGGCGGAGUUUGGACUCAAGAGUUGUUUCUUCCAGGGAUUGGGCAAGGCGGAGACGGCUCCGAUGCCGUCGCCUAUACUGUGGUUGCAUAAACAAUACACGAAGUUGUGGAUGGAGACGGCUCUUGUAAAUGUUUGUCGGUAG